AACCACACCCCCUUGCUCAGACUUCAGCUGGACCUCAACAGAGAUGGAAAAAUUGCCCUGCUCUGCAUGUUGCUUUGCUUCAGUUGCUUGCGAUUUUACCACACAUAUGUAAAAGAUCGGACUGCCCGCGUUCCUCCUUAUCAACUACGUGACUUAAAAAAGGUUUCCAAAACAAGCAUUUACCUCUAGAAUGCUGAUAAAGGUGAGUUCAUACCUUUAAAUGUCUGCUGCUAACACCCCAAAUGCUCAAGGGGUGUAUUCGCCUCUGCCCUACAGCGACUCCGAGUCCGAAGAGGAGGUUUUCAGCAAAGCUCCGCAGUUAACAUCAAGAAAUCAUGAAUUGCAGCAGCACAAGAAAACAUCCCCAUUGUAUGUUCGCUCGCAGGCUACCCCAAAUGGUAAGCUUUCUAAUGCAGAAAGUUCUUUGAUGGCCGAAUACAGACCCUUGAGCAACAGUGAAACAUCCCUCAAUGGCUUUUCAGACAAAGGAAGGGUGGUUCUGAUAGCAAGUUCACCCAAUGAAAAUGCAAAAUUUGAAAACCCAUUCCCUAAUUCUAAAGCAAUUAAUCAAAACGGUUGGGAGAGCAUGUCUUAUGCUCGAAAAAUCUGCUUCCUCAGCUCGAUAUUUCUGUGCAUAUUCACCAUCGUCGGGUUCUUGUGGAUCUUGCCUUGUGAUCUGGAAUCUAAUUGUAGUGCAAGUAGUGAAUUUAAAGGAGACCACUCUCAACUCACAACACCAGGCUCUUGGGAGUCGGUUUUACAAGGAAUUGAACUAACUGGGCCACCAACGUUUACUCAGGGUCGGCUUAUCUUCACGGUUCGAGGGCCUCAACCUGCUGUAAGGAGUCUCACCUCUGGAGAACCCAGGUGGCACCAGCUUGGUUAUGGGCCUUAUCGUCCCGAUAGAAGGAGUGGUGGACAGGCUGGAGGUGGUGCAUUGGCACUGCUACCCACAACAGGGACUCUGUUGUGGACCAUCAUUAUUCCUGGGGCAGCGCCAACUGCAGCAAAUUGCGAGUUGCUCGAUAUGAAUAACAACGGAAAGAGAGAUUGCCUGUUGGCAAAUUCAGACUGGAUUUUGGCUGCAAUUGAUCCUAUCAAUGGAAAAUUUUUAUGGACGUUGGAUGCGCAACGAGAAAACAGUUCAAGUAGAAAUUCUUCUGAUAGGUUAAUGAAACCUCAACAGCUGAAACCUGCAAAAAUUGUUUUUCCUCCUUUGGUAGUCCAAGACUUGGACGACGAUGAUGUCUCUGAUCUUUUGGCCCUUGGAAGUCUUGUUACUGGGCGGAGUGCUGAUUGUUUUGUACUGAUUUCUGGCAAAACAGGCACCCUGAUAGGGAAACUAGUAAACGUGAGUGGAUGCGUUUCCAUUAGCAAAUUGGAGCUGAGUGAAGAGGGAAGCAUGGAAAGUGUUCUUUUUGACUGCAUGUAUACUGUUGGAGGAGUUUCUGUAAGAAAAAUGGACAUCGGAGAAAUUUAUCUACGUGCCAUUAAUAAAUCCAAGCAGGAUUUAGCAUCAGCACCACCUUUGCAAAAACGCCAGCAGCCCUACAGGGAUCCAAGUGACCAGAAUACAAACAAUGGUCACUCGUAUAUUUUAGAGGCAGAAGGGCAUUUUCUAUCAAUUGAAAAUAUUGGCACUUGUCCCAAGUGCAAAUCAGUUUUGACCCUGACCGACGCUCAAAACAACACAGUUUGGGGGUAUACAGGAAAGGGAGAACGAGCAAUGUCGCCCGUAUCAUUGCACUUCUCUGGAGCUUCUUCACUAAGCAAUUCCGGAAACUCUGCUCACAAAAAUGGAUUUGUUUUCAAACUUUGGGUGUGGCCUCCCUCGGCUCCAAAGUCGAGCAAGGCUUCAAGAAAACCAAAAGAUGAAGAACCUUACCAUAAACUACUCAAAAGGAGUGAUAACAAUUACAUUAUUGACCACGGAGGUGUUGAAGAAGGCAGUCCUAGUUUGAAAAAUGACGUUGAGGUUCUCGAGUUGAAGGAAAGAGUAGUAUUGAUCACAUUCAGUAGCUCUGACCUGCAUGUUGUGAAUGCCAGUCAAAGCAACAUUGCUGUCCUUUGUGCCACAAACAAGCAGCGAUACCGAAGUUCCUUUGAACCCGUUUGCCAGCCAGAAUUAGCAGCCCAACAAAAAUCUCUGUUGGUUGCUGAUUUGGAUGAGGAUGGAACACAAGAAUUAGUUUCCUUCACCUCCACGUACAUCCCUAUAACGGAGCCUGCCACGAUGAGCAGCACAAACCAUCCAAAUAGAAUUAGCGCUCCAAUAUCUCCUGCGAUGACCUCGUGGGAGCUCAUUUCGAAGAUCAAAGUGAUCCACCUUGAAACAGAGCUGUCUAAACUAAAGUAGUCCGAGCACGAGUUUGCAUCAUUGGUUAAAUAUUGCAAAUCUAGUCACCUCAGUUAUAAUCCAGUCAUUACUCAAAUGCACAAUGGAUGAUAUUGUUUAGGAUCUCUCAAUGCCUUACAGUCAGACGACCUUAAUAAUUUUGUUUGUAAAGAAUGUCUCUUGCAAUGCCUUGUAAAUAUUGUAUUAACUAACAAAAUUAAAUAAUAUGAUGCAAAUACACAAUCGGGUCCAUAAAUUAAUAUGCUAGAAGGCUUUUUUAUAUUAUCGGGAAGAACUAUAGGGUGAAGUGCUAGUAUUAUAUUGUUAAGUUUUGCUUGAUCCUUUCCAAAAUUUUGUGUAAUUAUCACAUCGUUAUAUUCAUUAUUUAAUUAACUCUAUGUCAUUUUCAUGAAAUACAGCUUCUACUAAUACAUUUGGUUUUUUAAAUUGAGUUGUGAAAUUGUGAUUUUUAUAAGUAUUGAUAAGCGAUGUUCUUUUUAUAUUUAAUAUUUAUGUUACUAUACCUUAUUACAAUGCAAUACAUGUACCUUUCUGUUACUAAUUAUUUAUUUUCUAAGGUUUAAUAAUUUUUUUAAUUUAGAUCCAUGGUUGUAAUUUUACUCCUGAUAUUGAUUGAUUUUAUUUGUGAAUAUAAGGGUUCCUAUUUUUACGGUUUGCCUUUGCCCUCCUAUAUUAUGCAAAUACAGCACAGCGCAUGGAACAAGAACGGUUUUAUUAUUAUU